AUGGCGGCGCCGCACAAGAUGGCGGCGGCCGCCCUCAACAAAGAUGGCGGCCGCUGGGGCGUGGCCAGCGGUGAGGGCGCGCGGGGAUUGGCUGGCGGUGAAAAGGGGGCGGGGCUGGCGUCAGGCCACGCCUCUUCACGGGAACAGCGGGAUCGGACCGGAGAGAGCGGGAGGGACCGGAGCAGGAUGGAGGAGCCCGGCGGGGGCUGCGCGGGGCCCUGGGGCCCCCCCGGGGCGGGCGGGGGUCCCGAGCUGGAGUUGGUGGAUCUGGACGAGUUCCUGAGGGAGCACGGGGGGCUGCCCCCCAGCCCCCCCCCGGGACCCCCAACCCUCCUCAGGCCCGGUAAUGGGGGGGGGGAAUGGGGGGGGCCCGGCCCCCCCCGCGCCCCCCCGGAGGCGCCCCCCGAGGCGGAGGGGCCCGGGGGGGGUCCCGGGGGGGGUCCCGGGGGUCCCGCCCCGCUGGACCCGCGGCGGCUCCGCUUCACUCAGGAGGAGCUGCGGCCGCAGCCCCUCGGCAGGAAGGCCCGGAAGGUUCUGGUGCCCGAGGAGCAGAAGGACGAGAAGUACUGGCGGCGGCGCUGGCGGAACAACGCGGCGGCGCAGCGCUCGCGGGAGGCGCGGCGGCUGAAGGAGAACCAGAUCUCGGUGCGGGCGGCGUUCCUGGAGCGCGAGAACGCCGCGCUGCGCGUCGAGGUGGCGGCCGCGCGCCGCGACCUCCUGCGCCUCCGCGGCCUCCUGGCGCGCUACGAGGCGCGCCACGGACAGAUCUGAGCACAAGGGGGGCGGUGUGGGGGGCUGGGGUCUGAUCUGGGGCUCC